GGCGGCGGAACGUCCCGAGGAUGACGUGCGGCGUUCUCGAAUCCCGUGUCUCGCUCGCUCGCUCGCCGCCGCCGCCGCCGAAGGAAACGGGAAAAGCAACAAGGAGGCAGGAGCAGGCGCGGCGCCAUGGCGGCCCUGGAGCGGCCCGUGCCCAGUCCCGAGGCGUUCCUGGGCCAGCCCUGGGCCGCCUGGGUGCGGGAGGCCGCCCCCCCCGCACGCGCACGGCGCCGCCCCCCCGCACAGUGUAGAUCUAGAAGAGACUGGAAAGGAGGGUGGAAAAAGCAGGGAGGUUAUGAGGCUUAAUAAAGAAGAUAUGCACUUAUUUGGCCAUUAUCCAGCUCAUGAUGAUUUCUAUCUUGUAGUGUGCAAUAUCUGCAAUCAGGUAGUCAAGCCACAGGUUUUCCAGUCACACUGCGAACGAAGACACGGUUCAAUGUGUAAACCUUCCCCUUCUCCAGCUUCUCCAGCCUGCAAUUCCAGGGCAUCCCUAGUACAGAUGAAACCGAAAUCCUGUAUCAGCGGCCAUAACCCUGUCAGCAGCAACUCAAAGCCAUUCAAAACGCCCAAAGACAAUCUACUUACCUCCAGUAGCAAACAGCACACAGUCUUUCCUUCAAAAGUAUCACGGGAUAAACCAUGCGUUCCUGUUCCAGUAGUCAGUCUAGAGAAAAUUCCUAACCUAGUGAAGGCAGAUGGUGCCAACGUUAAAAUGAAUUCUGCAACCACUACCACCAUCACCUCCUCCUCAGCCUCUUCAUCCACCAUACCUGCUCCAACUUUGGUUAAAUCUGGUUUGACAUCCAAGUCAGUGCCACCAUCACCAGAGAAGAUUCUGAACGGCAAAGGAAUUGUAGCUCCAUCAAUAGACAAGAAACACCAAAAUGGCACUAAAAGCAGUAACAAGCCUUACAAAAGACUUUCAGAAAGAGAAUUUGACCCAAAUAAACACUGUGGAGUACUGGAUCCUGAAACAAAGAAACCUUGCACAAGAUCGCUCACCUGCAAGACUCAUUCACUUAAUCAUCGACGAGCAGUUCCAGGCCGUAAAAAACAGUUUGACAUCCUUCUAGCUGAACACAAAGCUCGAUCCAGGGAAAAAGAAGUUGCAAAAGACAAAGAGCAUCCACCAUCUGCAAGAGAAAGCUAUCAGAGCCAGCCCACACCAGCACAAGACUCUCUGUCAGGAUCUUCAGUGAACUCUGGGCAAGAAUCUAAAGUAACAUCUCCUGCAAAAUCUAGACCACCAAAUUCUGUACUUCCAAGACCGUCAUCUGCAAAUAGCAUAAACAGCAACAGUUCUUCAAACCACAGUGGGUACGUACCAGAACUGCCACUGCCUUCCAUGGGAGGAGAUUUAACGAGCAGAUUGUCCAGUGAUGAAGGAGAAGCGGAUGGAGCUGAAGAAUCUGAGAAAUUAGACUGUCAUUUUUCUGGACACCAUCCCAGACCUCUUGGGUUUUGCUCAUAUGGCAGUCGCUUAAUGGGAAGAGGGUACUACGUCUUUGACCGAAGAUGGGACCAUUUUCGAUUCGCACUAAACUCCAUGGUAGAAAAACACUUGAACUCACAGAUGUGGAAGAAAAUUCCUCCUGCGGCAGAUAGUCCCAUGCCUUCUCCAGCAGCGCAUGUCUCCACUCCUUUUCCAGCAUCGGUCUUACAGCCUUUCAGCAACCCCAGUGCGGUGUAUAUUCCUUCAACACCUAUCAGUUCAAGAAUCACUUCUUCUUCUUACAUAAUGACAUCAGCCAUGUUAUCAAAUGCAGCCUUUGUGACGACAUCAGAUACGAAUUCCAUUAUGUCACACACUACAGCUUUUCCUCAUGUGGCUGCAAGCCUAAGUAUCAUGGACUCAACUUUUAAGGCGCCAUCAGCUGUGUCACCAGUGCCAGCAGUCAUCCCUUCCCCAUCCCACAAGCCAUCCAAAACAAAAACCAGCAAAUCCUCAAAAGUGAAAGACCUGUCAUCUCGAAGUGAUGAGUCUUCAAGUAACAAAAAGAAAAAGCCGCAGUCGUCAUCAUCAUCGUCGUCAUCGUCCUCGUUAUCUUUACAGACAACUUCCUCAUCUUCAUUUUCAGGGUCCCACAAAAAGAACUGUGUCCUGAACCCCAGUUCCACUUUGAACUCCUAUCAGGCUACAUCUUCCUAUAACAGUAUGUCUGUGCACAAUACAAAUAACGGAACAAGCCCACUCAGUGCCAAAUCGGAGCCCUCAGGACGGACUUCAUUAUCAAGUAGUUCAGCAGACUCAGUGAAACAUAUGAGCAUGGUAGUAAGCAGUAUUGACUCUUCUAAUCUGUCUGUAUCUUCUCUUGUGCACCACUCAGGGGACCACUCCCUGGGAGCACAUAAUGCAGUGUCUUCUCUACCCCUUUCUUUUGACAAAUCAGAAGGAAAAAAACGUAAAAACUCUAGUUCUAGUAGCAAAGCCUGUAAAAUCACUAAAAUGCCUGGUAUGAAUAGUGUUCAUAGAAAGAGCACUGCCAACCUUAUUUCUGCGGUGCCAGAUCCUACAAGCAGCUCCAUCUCUCGGCAGAUUGGAAAAAAUAGCAGUGUAGCUUUGUCACAAUCGAGUCCUUCGAGUACAUCAAACCCAGUACACAACAGACAACUAUUUCCAGCCUGGCUGCUAUGGAGGCAGAGGAGGAGACAGAGUAAGCAUCACUGCAGAAAAGAAACCAUCAUCCCUUCCCAGUGGCAAAUUUACUCAAUGCUGAUUUGGAGAGCUGUGUCACAGCAUAUUAUUGGACCACUCACUCCCAUGACUUCCACUGCUGAUCUUCCAAUCCUGAACUCCUUUCAUCUGCAGUUAAAUGUCAGUGAAGCCUGAAAGAUACCAGCUUCUCCAUCUCAAGCUUCUGUCCAGGGCCUUUGGGCCCAGACUGGCCUUCAAAAUCCCUUAUGAGGUUGCCAAGAAAGGAAAAGAAAAGGGAAAAGGAAAUUGAAGCACGAAGCAAGUGGGUCAGCACUGAUAUGAACCUCUGGCUCCAACUCACCACUUGCUCUGACUUAAGGGGAUAUAAUAGCAGCCUGCCAAUACCUUUGAGGAAGUCACUAGGAUUUCAGAGCCAGGCUCUGCAGUGCUGCACGGUGGGAAGAUGAGAAACAAUCGACAUGUUGAUAAAAGGGAGGUUCAGACUGGAUACAAACAAGGUAAAACCUUCCUGCCAUGGAGACAGUCAAGUGUUAGCACAAGUUGCUUAAGAGAGGUGGGUGCAAACUCCAACUUUCGAGGUUUUCAAACCCAAACUGGAUAAAGCUCUGAGCAACCUGGUGUGACCUCAGAGCUGACCCUGCUUUGAGCAGGAAGCUGGACUACAGACCUCCUGUCCUAUGAUCCAAAUGUGAAGAAAGCAAUAAUGAUGCUCUAACUCCUCUCUCAAGGACUCAUCUUGUAGGGUCAUUUUCUCAGAAAUGCUCCCUAGGGCCUUCUUAAGGUAUUUUCCUAAUACCGAGCCCUCUUCAUUGCUCAGUCUUUAUGUUAUUCAUUAACCAGCUUUUUUGGUAGCUGUAAUUCUCACUCAGAACUGGCGACACCCAAGACCUUGUCAUUGGCGUUUCUCACUCUACAAUGUCUGGCGUUUCUCACUCUACAAUGUCUGUCCUAGAGAGAUAUUUCACUGGAUUUUUUUUCCAAAUCUCUCCCUGAGAUAUACUACAGAGUUUCCUUUGAAUCAAUUUACCUGCUUUGUUUCUAAGACAGCAUAGGAUGAGGCAGAAAACUUACUGUCCACUCUAAGUCUUGUCUUUUUACAUUCACAGAACCAAGCACUUAACAUGUUCUCCAAGAAUGCUAAUCUUUCCUUUUGAGGAAUUGUGAACAUCUUUACACUAAGGAUGGCUAUCUGUGUAACAGACUAGAUGGCAUUAUUUUCUAAAUCUACUAUACCCAGUAAUCAGCGCAUUCUCUAUUAUAGCAUGUGCAGUACUGCAGCUUAUAUGAAGAGCAUGUCUAUUCUUGACACCUGUGGGAAACCACCUACAUUGACAUUCACCUUCACCAAAUGUUGAUGCAUCCAGAAGUGUUGGAUUUGGUAGAGCAAUGCUGACAUUAGGAAGUGCUCCAAGACCUCUUCCUGGUAACCGUGCUUUUACAGGGUACUGACUGAAGUGACUACUGUUAGAGUAGACAUGUGGACUUAAUGGUCAAAUACAGGAAAAAAAACCAGGUUACUCAAUCAGUAACACGAGUCUUUGUAGAUGCAUAAUUCACACUUAGUUUUGCUUCCUAACUGCGUGCCCAGCCUUUCUGUUGUUCAAAAUGUCUCUCUUUGGACUGUGGGUGUCAGAGAAACUAAGGCGAUGGAGAUGGAUCUCUGAUCUCCGCCACCCUGUGUAGUGUGAACUUGCUCUACAGAUACUGCUAGAAUAAAAGCAUCUGUGGCCUUAAGAGCUAUGGGCUCAGAGCCACACUUAAACAGACAAAUAUACUACAUAUCUCAAAGAAUGAAGGCUCCUGCUAAGUAACUUCUUUUUUUGUUUUGCCUUUAGCAAGAGUCCCACUGUAGUUCUAGGAAGUCAGUUUUGUGGGUUUUCAGUCAGCUGGGAAGCAGCCGGUUCUGUAAGAGAGCUAGAUCUCCUGAUAUUAAACCAGCCUUUUUGUGACAUAUUUUUAACUUCUCUUUGACUAAGAAACAGUAACUGGAAGUAUUUUUCUAAUUCCUGAUAUUUAAUUUUUCCCAGUAUAUGAUUUUUGAUGGCAGGUUUAGUCUUUGUUUUGCAGUUGACUGAGAAAAACAACAUUAACAGCUUAGCCUUACAGUCACUCUUGUUCUCGUGGAGGGGACUGGGAUGGCAACAUGGUGGAGGCACAAGUGAUCCAGGCUACUUCUGUAGUACAUCAAGGACAAUUUCUUGACAGAAGUGCUCAACAAGCCAAGUCUGGCUAUGCUAGACAUGCUACUCACACAUAAGGAAGGGCUGGCUGGGAACAUUGACAUUGGUGGCAGCCUUGGCAGCAGUGACUACAAGAUAGCAAAGCUUAAGAUUCUGAGGGAAGCAAGGAAGAAAGAUAAACAGUUGAAUUGCAACCCUGGCAUGUAGGAGAGCAGACAUUGUCUCCUGCAUGCGUUUUGUUGGCAGAAUUGCACAGAAGACUGCCCUGAAGGGCCCAGGGGAGCUAGCUGAAGAAGCACAAGAACAGUCCAUUCUGAUAUGCGGGAAGUUGAGCAGACAUGGGAGAAGGCCACCAUGGCUGAAUGGGGAACUCCUGACUGAACUCAAAUCCAAAAG